GAUGAACCAAUGGACCCAUUUCCUGGUAGAUUGACUGUACCAGAGACCACUAGCCAAUCACCAUGUACAGCUCAGAAUGGUCUCCCCUUACUCAGUUGGCCUUCUCUUGAAACACAGCCUUCUGUAGGCGAGCUCAACGAAGGACCUACCAAGUUCGAAGAUUCAGCAGCGGCACCACCGUCGGUGUUGUUGUCCUGCAAUUGCAGCUGUGAUAUCGGAAGCAACUUUGAGGCGUUUGCAACUGUAAUGUCGCGGCUACAUCAACACCUUCUGGAUGCAAAUGUUGAAAUUGAUUACACACAGUACUUGGAUUUGAUGAAGCUGGAAGUCGAUCAACAGCUUAAUAAGCUCAAGGAGGACACGGUGCUCUUGAAAAGCUAUAGCUUGGUCCAUGAUACUGAUGCAAAUGUUUCGUGCCCUAUGGUAUGUCGUCAUGGAAAGGUAAUGGAGAUAGAUGAGGGGUUCAGUGACCUAAAGCUACUGUUGAUAGUGGUGUUCCGGCAAAUUAAGGAGAUGCUGAGCCUGUUCAAUGCUUCAGUUCACGAGCUUCGGUGGGAGCAUGAGUUGCAAUUAGAGGUCACCGGCAUUAUGAUUGGGGACUGCAUCAGGGGACUUGAGGAUGAGCUAGAGAGGAAGUUUUAUGAACAAAGCUCUGUUGUCAACAGUCUUAGAAAGAACUGGAAUGAGACUGUGCUUCAGUGUGGUGCAAUCCGUGAAGAACUAAUUUCUAUAUCAGAUAUGAUAUUACCUUCAGACGAUGAAUCACAUUAUUCCCGCAGUGAAAAUGAAAAUUUAGGUACCAGGAGUAACAGAUGGAAAUACAAUGUCUCCAGAAAGAAAACAGGGGAGGAGCACUCUCCAUCUUCCACUCUGGAAAGGAAGAACUCUGCAACACAGAGAUCUAUAAGUCCCAGAGAAGUAAUUUCUGAAAAGUCUGACUUUCGGCAUCUGAAGGGUAUGGCUAGGGAAGAAAUCAUAAACUACUUCAGAUCCGAGAUUAGUAAAUUAAAGAGGUUGCAUGAAAUGUAUUUACAAGAUAAAACGGAAGAGCUGUUCAAAUUCAAACGAGAGAAGGCAUCAUUAGAUCUUAAGCAUGAUGUAGAAUUUGAGCCUCUAAGAAAGAAAGUUCCUGAUAUCAUUUCAAAGGUUGACCAAAUCAUUUCGAAUGCCAUAAAGGUGCCUCAAGUUUACAGCACCAGCGAGGCGCUUGAGGAAAAUAGCAGAUUGAAUAAUAAAGUUGAUUCACUAUACCGUGAAAACCAGCACCUUAGCGGUUUGCUUGCAGAAAAGAUGAAGGAUAUUAAGGAAUUGUCGUGCCAGAUAUCUGAUGCUAGCAGGAAAAUAUCGCUUCAAUUGUCACUUGAAGAAAAACUUAUGAGACAAGUCCGUAUCUUUGAAGGAGACUAUGAGGAUCUAUAUGUUGAAAGCACUAUUAGAGAUGAAGUAUACCAAACUGUUACAAGAAAAUUUGUUGAGGACUGCAGGACCAGCAUGCAGGAUGCCUCACGGAAUUCUCAAGCAGAAUUGUCCUCACUUGAAGCCAAACUCUCAGAAAAGGAGGAGGCAUUGUGUUUAGCUAAUGAAGAAAAUCAGAAGUUAAGAGAAAUGUUAUUGUUAUUAGAAAAGGAGAAUUAUAUAAAAAACAAUCAGGAACAUCCGGAGUUAACCAAGCAAGAGAGCGAGGAAAUGGUACUCCGUGAUAUCGAGAUGGAGCCUCAUGUAUCACCAAGAAGAUCAUUCGAGAGUUCUGAGCAGAGUAUGGAGGAUAAGGAGCUCACCAAACUGAGUCAGACUUUAGAGAUUGCCUCAACUGCCUUGCAGGAAGUUGAAACCAAAAAAAUGGACUACAGUGUGUUUCUAGGUAAAAAUGAACACAUAGUGCAACUAGAUUUCAUUAUGGUAUCUAUUAUGGAUUUAUCAAAAGAAUUUGUGGAGAUUGAACAGAAAAUGUCAGGGGAUACCAACGGAAACGAGAAAAGGUCGGAUAAUCUGAGUGAUCAAUGCAACCAUGUGGUACAACGGGCAAUAGUACUAACAAAGAAGGGCCUCUCGUAUAAGCAAAUGCUAAACACAAGACGCAUAGAGAUUCGAAAAGCUGAGGCUGAGGUUGACAUUUUGGAAAACAAGGUUAGUGCACUAUUAAGUCUUGUGCAAAAGAUAUAUGUGACUCUCGAGCAUUAUUCUCCUGUCUUUCAGCAGCAUCCUGGGUUACUGGAUGCUUUCUUGAAGACAUGCAAGCUUGUUGCAGGUCUACGAUGUAAACAAAAAGAUGACUUACAAGAUGCAACAUAAGUUAGAGCUUCUAGAUAGCGUAGGUUCUAAGUAUAGGCGAGAGAGGUUUAAGAGGUGCUAGAAAGCUAUUGAUGUUAUGAUGGAGAAAAAAUAAUCCCAUUAAGAGCCUCUGGCCUUGACUAUGAAAAUCGACAGUCAUUAUGAAGCUGUGUGGGUCUAUCAGGGAGAAUUUUGAAACCUUGGGUUACGGAUAGAAGUUAGGUGCCGCUGCACGUAUAUUUCUGAUUUCUAUAUGCAUAUGGCUAUACAAAAUGUAAUUAAUUGGUUCAGUUGUUUCGUGGCUGGUCACUCCGCACAAGGUAUAUUCACAUGUUGUAUUGUGUAUGUAUAAGUGAAUAUUAAAUAGCACUCUAAUGUACAAGUUACGACAUGUCAAUGUGAUGGUAUUCUUUUUCCGGCAAUUUGUGUAUACAACUAUACAUGAUGUUGCUCUUGUACUAGCCAUAUAUCGUGUAUUCCGUAAUAAGAACUCCUAACAUCGAGAUCUCAUAGAUGCUGUAUAGUUUAGUUAUUUCUGUCAUUUCUAUUAUGAAAUGUUUUGGUUUUAAUAUUGGUCAUAAUAAUUAUAUAUGUAACAUAUGUAUUAUCAACGACGA